AUGGCCGGAGACAAACAAGAUGCUCGGGGCGCCUCGGAACAGGUCAGAAACGUCCAGAAAUAUCAAGCUGCAGCCGCCAAAGACGACGUGACCGCUCCAUCCUCGCUAUCGUCCACAUCCUCCACCGCCGAAUCUAAGAUGCCUGGGCGUGCCGAAUGCGGUUCGCCCAAAUGGGACAUCAAAGCCGAAGAACGUCACGACGAGCCUCGCUCUGCCGACUCGGCCUUGGACGAGCCCUCUGAGACUCGGAAGGAGUCUCCUCCAGAGGCCGAGCCUUUACCCUUAGCAGAGUUACGAUCCUCAACGUACGAGCAGUGGUGCCGCGGAGACCAUGACGCCGAAGACUUUGUCAUUGUCCCUCCGUGUGUGAGAGAUGUGGAAGUUGAUGCACUGGUCGAGGCCAUGUUGUACCCGCCAGUGACCAAGGAAACCUUGGAAGAGCUCGAUUUAGCUUUCAUACAGUCGAAUAUCAAUCUGCGCAUCGACAUCAACUUCGACCAUGACCUCCAUUUUACUCCCAUUUCGGGGGAGAAGGGAGAGUUCAAGAAGAAGGAAGCGAGGAGAUAUUGGGAUAGUCUGGAGACUGAAUUGAAGAUAGUCUCCCAACAUAAACCCCUGGGGUUUUGCCCUGAAUGUGAUGGCAGGCGCCGUUUGAGCUCCGCACCGCCAGUAACCUUCAAGCGAAGGUUACCUGUGUUGUUCCGGAAAUUGAAAGAGUUGCUCGUCAUCCUGAUCCCAGAGAGGGACCAGUAUCAGAUCAGUCAAUGUCUUGACAUACCUCUGCUCCUGCAAGAGGUAUCCCACGGCCUUUUAGACAUUGUCCGCUUGGCUCGAUGGCUCGAUGGCCUCCUCACGAGCCACUGUGCGCCAAUGAGAGAUAUCUAUGCACAUGAGAUGGCUGAACAAAUAGUACAGGGUGCAGAGACUGGGGAUCUACACACUCUUGUUCUCGGUAUCGAAAAGCUGUUUCAGUUCCUCGAGGCAAUGAAGCUGGACGUCGCCAAUCAUCAGAUCCGGAGCUUUCGUUACCUCUUGAUCGAUGAUACCGUCACGUUUCAGCAAGAUUACUUCAAGACGCGGGUCCGGCACGGUGGGUUCAAGAGCGAGGAGUCACGAGCAUGGUACUGUGACGCUCUUGAAAAACACCGACAGUGUCAGCUCGAUAGCAAAAGCACCAGACCGCUUCCAUCGGCUGCGUUGGUGCAUGGGCUACUCGAACUCUGCCUUUGCCGUGAUCUGGAGGUCCCAGCCACUUUUGCGUAUGACCGCAAACGCCUGAAAGAGAUCCGAAUGGACCUUCAAGACCUGAUUCACCUCGAGAUCUCUCUAUCCGUCUUUGAGCAAUUGCUUCGGGAGCAGAUGGAUCGUGAUCCUGCCUCGCCCUGGCCCGGUGCUUUGGAAAGCCGGGUGUCGGAGAUGCAUACGCUUUUGCGCAACCGAAUCAUGGAUCUGACCGACGGCGAUCUUGAGGGCACUCCCAUGCAAGAAAUCUGGUUGCGGCAUGCCGGCGCAGUUGCUCUUGAGCUGGCGCGGGCUGCUUUCCUCAUCUCGUCGGGUUCCACGUCUCCCAUACCCGACACCAUUGUCAGCAAGACGACGGCAAGAUUGGUCGCACAGUUUGAAGCAGAACAUCACAGCCAACAUCGUGCCAGGACGGUAGUACGAGUACUGGAAAGCGCAACAAACGAUCACAUGAAUGAUUUUCAACCCAUGACCAUACUGGCCAUCUCACAGGCGCAAAAGCAGUGGCAACAGUCUCGAGUAUCAACGCAACCAUGGCGCUCCCUCCCCGAGAUUGAAGAUAUCGCAAGAAGAGUAGCACAUAUUGCAACCGUGCAUUGGCGGGUUUGGGCGGACCUUGUUUAUUUGGAGUCUUCGGAUGGACAUGAGGAUAGCAGUGAUGAGACUGAGAGUGCUUGCGGCACAGUAGCUCAGUAUAUCACGGGCAGUCCUAUGGAUUAUGUACCACAACAUUUUGAAGAGGAGGACGAGGACGAGGAAGAGGAGGAGGAAGAAGGGGCAGGGAGAGGAGGGGGAGAAGGAAAAGAGGGAGAAAAAGAAGAACAAGACGAAGAAGAAGAUACCCAUUUCGAUUGA